AACGUUGGCCGAAUAGAGUAUCGACAAAAGCGAGGCUGUUACUUAAAAGUAGUUAUACAGAGCUUUUCAGAGUUUCCCUCCCAAUAAACGCUGAAACAGAGGGGGAGACAGGCGGCGUUAAUUACCACGACAAUGCCGAUCGCCGCCAACGCCGCCGCCGUUAACUUCCUUUCCGCACCGCGCUUUCUCGCCGCACCUCCCCCAAUCCCCAUCCACUUCCGCACCUCCUUUUCCACCAUUAGUUCACUCUCCGUUCGGCCGCAUUGUCUCGUACGCUCUUCAAACUCAUCGCCCACCUCUAACCGUGGCGUCUUUUUACAGCUUUCAGUUGCGGGAGGCGACGGAGGUAACUGCAACGGCGGAUGGAGCGGUGGACACGGAGGCGGCGGAGGAAACGAUGAUGAUGAUGGCGAAAACAGUAAUAGCGGGGAGAAUAAAAAGGAGACGUUAAUGGCGUUGGGGGAGGCUGGGAGGUCAUUAGAGAGCUUGCCUAAGGACUUGAAGGCGGCGAUCAAGGACGGGAGGAUACCCGCUUCUAUAGUGCAGAGGUAUUUGGAGCUCCAGAAAUCAAAGUGGAUGUCUUGGUUGCUCCGCCAUGGAGGUUUCAAAGAGCGGCUCUUGGCCGAUGAUCUCUUCCUCACUAAAGUCUUUAUUGAAUGCGGCGUUGGUCUCUUCACCAAGACUGCUGCUGAGUUUCAACGUCGCGGGGAAAACUUUUUUAAUGAGUUAGACGUGGUUUUUGCAGAUGUGGUAAUGGCAAUUGUUGCAGAUUUUAUGCUUGUUUAUCUUCCAGCUCCCACUGUUCCUCUUCGCCCACCUAUCCAACUCAAUGCUGGGCGUAUUGCUAAGUUCUUUCACAGCUGUCCAGACAAUGCUUUUCAGGUUGCUCUUGGAGGAACAUCGUUCUCUUUGCUGCAGAGGUUAGGCGCAAUAGCGAGGAAUGGUUCAAAGCUCUUUGUUGUUGGCACGGCGUCCUCUCUGGUUGGCACAGUGGUGACGAAUGCAUUCAUAAAUGCACGCAGGGCAGUUGACAAGUCAGGUGCAGAGGAAGUAGAGAAUAAUAAUAAUAAUAAUGUGCCCAUUUUAUCAACUGCAGCUGCGUAUGGUGUCUAUAUGUCAAUUUCUAGCAACCUGCGGUAUCAAGUAUUGGCGGGUGUGAUAGAGCAGCGGAUUUUGGAGCCAUUGCUGCACCAACACAAGUCAGUACUGAGCGCAGUUUGCUUCGCUGUUCGGACAGGAAACACCUUCAUGGGCUCAUUAUUGUGGGUUGAUUAUGCACGCUGGAUAGGACUCCAGAAGAGUGAAGAAAUCCAGGCUACUACAUGAUGAUGACAAGUUUGCAUGGCUUUAAUUUUCAAGAAACCAGCAGGGAGAAUCAGUACUGCUUCCAUUCUUCGGAUUUAAUGAAGAUAGAGUUAAAUUGUAAAAAUAAAAUAUAUAUGCAGAUUGAAUGAGAUGAAUGACUUUUCGAUUCCAUCAUCAUUCCAUACUGAGAGCAUAUGAUUUUAAUUUGAUUCCAUUUAUAUUA